AUGACUGAGACCUCAUUAACUGUAGAAAGUUAUUCCACGGACAUUUGGAAACUUGCCUUUGGUCGACUGGAGCCCAAAGAGCAGCAAAGCCUCAUCCCUAAACAUAUGACCAAUCGCACAAGCGACAACCUGCCAGAAAGCUCCACGAAUAUUUCGCCCAACUUGAAUGAGAUCAAUCAGCUAGCAAAGGAGAUAUACAACGAAGAAGACAAAAAAGAGCGCAUUAUUACGCGAGAGUGUGCAAGAAAUAUUUGCAGUAGUGUCGCAGCAUGCAAAGACAUCCCUCGUCUAUUUUCCCCAGUUUAUCGUGAUUCAGACCGUUUUGCAGGUCUCGGUUGGCAAGCUUUAUAUCUGGGAUUGGAUGUCGGGUCACAAUAG